AAACACCGAUCCACCGUCUGCUAUCUUGGAGACAAAUUCUCCCAUGCCCUUGACGCCUCCUGAGUGUAAAGCUGGGCGACAACUCCGACGGCCUUCAUGGAGAGUGAGCAGGAAACCAGUAGUUGAUUGCAGCUUUGGAUGUGACUAGAGUAUAAGAAUUUCGUGAGACCCCCACUGUGACUGAGCCAUGAGUUCCGGAUCCAGCCAAGGGGUGAUCACCGCCCCGCCCCCUCCCAGCAUGCCUCACAAAGAGGGCUACUUCGACCGCGUCGAUGAAAACGACCCCAACUACCUCCGGGAGAGGAACAUGUCCCCAGAUCUCCGCCAGGACUUCAACAUGAUGGAGCAGAAGAAGAGAGUGACUCAGAUACUCAAGAGCCCGGCUUUUCGCGAGGACCUGGAAAGUCUCAUUGAGGAUCAGAUGCAGAAAGGAAACACCCCGACCGGGCUGCUGGCUCUGCAGCAAAUUGCCGACUACGUGAUGGCCAGCUCGUUCGCCGGCUUCGCCUCGUCUCCGCUCAAUCACAGACCCUUCAAUGUGACGCGCACGCAGCAUCCGGAAGGGGGUCUGGGGAUGGUGACUCCCGUUAACGACAUUCACCCCGCCAUAGAGGGCUUGCUGGCGAAGGGCGAGAAGCUGGCCCGCUCCAAGCUGGCUUCCAUGUACCGGCUUGCCGACCUCUUUGGGUGGGCGCACCUGUCCAAAGCCUACAUCACGGCGAGGGUCAGCAAAGAGCAAGACCACAUCCUGAUCAUUCCCAGAGGCCUCUCCUUCUCCGAAGCAUCUGCCGCUAACCUGGUGAAGCUGAACAUCGUUGGCGACGUGGUGGAUCAGGGCGCAACCAACCUGCGCAUCGACCCCUCCGGGUUUAGCCCCCACGCGGCCAUCUACUCCACCCGUCCUGACGUGCGAUGUGUGAUCCAUAUACAUACUCCCGCCACUGCUGCUGUCUCAACCAUGAAGUGUGGCAUCCUACCCAUCUCCCAGGAAGCUCUGCUGCUCGGCGAAGUGGCGUACUACAAUUACCAGGGGUCUCUGGACGAGCAGCAGGAGAGGAUCCAACUGCAGAAGGUUCUGGGGCCCAGCGCUAAGGUGCUGGUGCUCCGGAAUCACGGGGUGAUGGCUCUGGGAGAAACCAUGGAAGAAGCCUUUCACUACAUCUUCAACGCGCAGCUAGCCUGUGAGGUUCAGGUCCACGCCUUGGCCGGGUCCGGAGGCAUAAACAACCUUCUGCUGUUAGACUUGGAGAAGUACAAGCCCGUCACACACUCCUUGGCCGCAGGUGGCGCGGGAGGGGUGAACAUGGAAGGCCAGUACAAGUGGAAAAUCGGGGAACUGGAAUUCGAAUCGCUCAUGAGGAUGCUGGACAAUCUGGGGUACAGGACUGGGUACGCUUACCGGCAGCCGCUGACACGAGACAAGCCGCGACACAAGAGCGAAGUUGAGAUCCCCGCCACGGUCACAGCCUUCUCCUUCGAAGAUGAUCAGGGGAUGCCACGUUCUCCGCUGAAGUACCUGGUGCAGAAGCAGCAGAGGGAGAAGACGCGCUGGCUGAACUCCCCAAACACGUACUUAAGAGUCCACGUCCCCGAGGAGUCCGUGAGUGGAGAGAUGAGCCCAAGAACGAAGAUCAUGUGGAUGAAAGCCGACGAGCUCAGCAAGUCUUCCGGUGGAUAUCCCAUCAAGAUUGAAGAUCCUAACCAGUUUGUCCCAUUAAAUACCAACCCGACAGAUGUUCUAGAGAAGAGAAACAAGAUCCGGGAGCAGAAUCGGUACGAUAUGAAGACAGCCGGACCGCAGUCACAAGUCUUGGCAGGAAUCGUGGUUGAAAAGCCGCCUCCUAUGACGCACUUUGAAGAGGACGAGAACGCGCCCCCUGCUCCUCCAAAUCCGUUUAGCCAGUUACUAGAGGAGGAGAAAGGAGGAGAGAACGGGACUCAAGAUGCCGAGCAUGAGCUAAUCUCAGAAGACGACUCUUCUGCCCCCGUAACUCAGUCCCCACCCCAGACGCCAGUAAGCUCUGCAGACCCUCUUGAGGACUCUGUGUUCCAGAAGGACUCUCCCAUUGUGUUAAACGGCAAAGAUGGCAGCAAGCACGAUGAAGAGGAGGAUCUGACCAUCCGUGUCAGUCAGCUGAACAUGGGGGAACACGUAGAAAUCACGCUGCGGAGCACAGAGAAGUUCAUCGAGGGGGAGCUGACCCCCGAAGGGUCUCCUUCCAAGUCCCCCAAUAAGAAGAAGAAGAAAUUCCGCACCCCGUCCUUCUUGAAGAAGAAUAAAAAGAAGGAGAAGCUGGAGGCAUAACCCCCCGGCUCAUGGGAAUAAGGGGGAUCCCCUUUUUGGGGGGUUUAGUACGUGAAACCUGUUUUCAUGCUGCAGGGGGGGCGCUGUUCAGAUCUGAGACAUUGGGGUCUCCAGGAUGCAGCCAUUCUCCUGCUUUUCUCUGUGUUUGCUGUACAAAGCCCUCGCCUCCAGCAGCCGCCAUGAGCUUUUUACUCCACCCAUCUGCCCGGAACGCCAGAGGAAGCUCCGCCCCCUCCUUAAGCG